AUGUCCUUCCUGGCUAUUAUCCCGAAGGCCUCUUGGGCCUGCCCUCUGCGCCGCUCCCCCCGGAAAAUCGGCUGCACAGCUGCACGAUCCUCGUCGGAGGGAUGUACCCUGCAGCCUUACGGGAAGGCUCCAGGCUCCUCCACAGCAGCAUCCGACUUCUCCACAGUCGAAGACUCCCGCGAACUCCCGUAUGUGCCUCUCCGUAAGGCCCCGGAGAGGGGGGGGCCCAGCGUGUUUGUCCAUAGGACACCUGGUAGCUGCGCAGCCCCUUUAGGAGUGCCUCCUAAUAGGGCUCUUUCCCCGCACUUACGAGGGGACAGUGGGAACUACGCCCUUCCCACUGGCGCAUACUUGCUGCAUGCCAAGCGGGGGUUCGCCAUAUCUCCUCUGAAUCCACACAUUCAUCGGGGAGUCCUCUAUCCGAGGGUCCCUCACCCCUAUGUGUUGGUAGUGUUGCUGCGCUCUGUACCCGGCAUAGGGGGUGCUGGGGAAGUCAAAUACGUUCGGCGGGGCCUAUUCAGACACCAUCUCGGAAGAAUGGGAUGGGCUCUGCCGGCGACUUGGCAAAACAUUGAUUUAGUCCAUAGUCGAAUGCUCUCGCUCCAGCGCAGGCAACAGCAACAGCAAAAACAGCAAAAAUCAUCCGAACCCCUCAGUACUCAUGAAGGGCUGCGUCAAGGGCCUGGUGGGGAACGCCUAGAUAUCCUCAGUGCUGCUGCAGCGGCUGCAGACAUUAGGGGCGUUGACCUGCCUGUUGAUGAUGAGGGGCCAGUGCUCGCAUGGGUACGCAAGCUGCGGCUCCUGUUUGCCGUCGAGACAGAACCUUCAGACAGCACGCAGCUUGCUGAGCCUCUCACGCCUCAGCAGCUCUUGCAAAGACUGAGCGAAGAAGAAGGGCUGGACCUGCUUCCAGGGCAGCUCCGCCUCCUUAGGCGUAGGAUCACGCCUUCCCCCCUUCAGCAACAGCAGCCAAAGGAGUGCCAUGCAACUGAGGAGAUCCUGCAAGGCCGUCCUUUAGCGGCGAUCACUAGGGUUGGCGAAUACGACCUCUUGGCAAUCCUUCCCACAAAGGCACGGCCCCUUGCUCGACCCUUCUCCAUUGAGGUCCUCUCCAAGGAGAACCUGCGACGGUGA